CUUAGUCUUUUUCCUCUUCAAUUACAAGGAUCAUCGGCAUCCAUCUUUCCGGCGAUUCUCAAAGGAACCUCCGAUUGCUGAUCUCACUUUCAUCUUCACCAAAUACAAGAACCCUAGUUCAUCUCAUCAGAUCCAUUCGCUUCUAUAAUAACCCAACCUACUCCUGAUUCGAUCAGAAAUUCCUCAAAACCCUAAAAUUAUCUCUAUCUGAUUUUGAUUCUUUGGAAUUCUAUAUUCAUGGCCAAGGAAUUCAACGUCCCACCAGUGAUUUUCCCGGGAGGUGGAAACCCAGCUGCAGGAAAUCAACGGCGGCGACUACCAACUCCCCCUUUUCAACCACCCAAGUCAGCUAACAAUAGCAUCCCGUUUAUGUCAUUUGAUGUUGGUUCCGCCGCUGCAUCCACAUCCUUCUCAACGCCGCAAUUUGGAAGCAGCGCGGUUGGAAUUGGGUCGGGAUUUGACGACGAGCCUCCUCUUCUAGAAGAACUCGGGAUCAAUACGAAGCAGAUCUGGCAUAAAAGUAUUUCAAUACUAAACCCGAUUAGAGUGAACGCGGAUCUCCAUGAAGAUGCGGAUCUAUCAGGACCUUUCUUGUUCUUGAUGGCUUUUGGUCUAUUUCAAUUGCUGGCAGGGAAGCUGCAUUUUGGGAUCCUUUUGGGAUGGGUAACUAUGGCGUCUUUGUUUUUGUAUGUUGUGUUCAAUAUGCUGGCAGGAAGGAAUGGGAAUUUGGAUGUUUACAGAUGCUUGAGUUUGAUUGGGUACUGUAUGCUUCCCAUGGUGCUUUUAUCGGCUGUGGCUUUGUUUCUUCCUCAAGGUGGUGCCGGAAUUUUCGUGAUGGCUGGGGUUUUUGUGAUUUGGUCGACAAGGGUUUGUACCAGGCUUCUGGUGGAGUUAGCAUCUUGUGGUGAUGAACAUCGAGGCCUUAUAGCGUAUGCAUGUUUCUUGAUUUACAUGCUAUUCUCACUGUUAGUGAUAUUUUGAGGUUGUUCAUCUCUUUUACUAUACUGAUUGAUAUUAGCUUGCAUGCAUUUUGAGUAAGUAUCCUUGUGUAACUGUUUUGAUUACCUGUGAGGAAAUGCUGCUUUACAUUACAUUACAUUGUUUUAAGACCUCUGUUCCUCUUUUCUUUUUUCCCUUCAGAUAGACUGGUCCAUUUCCAGAAAGAAAGUUAUUUUUUU